AUGUGCACUAUAGCAGUUGUCAAUCCCAAUGACGUGGUAACUGUCGAUGUGAAUGCACCUCGUCAACUUCGCCGCUCAAGUGCUUUCAUUCCGCCCCACGCUGUGGCGACGUCAGCAGCACCGACGUUGGUCGCACCUAUGGUUCGACGACGCGUUCAAAAGUCCUCCGCACGCCGUCCGAGGAAUAGGACUAGAAGGAGCCGGGCAGGUGCCCGUCGUCGGGCCAGCAGACCAAUCCGUGUUCGAGCCGAGGCUUACCCUUGCCAGAUGGACGAUGACGUCAUCCCAGCUGUAGCAUACCCAGCUAUUUCCAUCAACCCCAAGGCCGACAUCGAUGUCAACAAAGUUGUCGCGGAUACCGUGGAUGUAUUAGCUGUUUCACAGGAACUGAAACAUGUUGACUAUGAGGAAGAGGAGGACAGCGAAGAAAAUACGGGUAAUGACUCUGAGGACACUUGUAACAGCAGCGGUGUCGCGGAGUCUGAAACAUCAGAUAACAGGGAGAAUGACGAAGAAAACAAUGACAAGGAAGAUGAUGUGGUCUACGCAAACAAACGCGCUAGAUCCAGUGUUAAGUCUACCGUACUCAAAAGAACGGUCAGUUGA